UGUCAUCAGGCAACUCACACAGGAGAAAAGCCAUUUAAAUGCUUGCAAUGUGAAAAGAGCUUCAGUCAAAAGAGCAACCUUACUCGUCAUCAGGCAACUCAUGCAGAAGAGAAGCCAUUUAAAUGCCUGCAGUGUGAAAAAAGCUUCAGUCACAAGCACAUCCUUAUUAGUCAUCAGGCAACUCACUCAGGAGAAAAGCCAUUUAAAUGCUUGCAGUGUGAAAAGAGCUUCAGUCAAAAGAAAAACCUUAUUAGUCAUCAGGCAAUUCACGCAGGAGAGAAGCCAUUUAAAUGCUUGCAGUGUGAAAAAAGCUUCAGUCACAAGAGCAGCCUUAUUCUUCAUCAGGCAACUCACACGGGAGAGAGACCAUUUAAAUGCUUGCAGUGUGAAAAGAGCUUCAGUCAAAAGAGCAACCUUAUUAGUCAUCAGACAACUCACACAGGAGAGAAGCUCUUUAAAUGCUUGCAGUGUGAAAAGAGCUUCACUCAUAAGAAAAGCCUCAUUAAUCAUCAGACAACUCACACAGGAGAGAAGCCAUUUAAAUGCUUGCAGUGUGAAAAGAGCUUCAGUCAGAAGGGAAACUUUAUUAGUCAUCAGGCAACUCACACAGGAGUAAAGCCAUUUAAAUGCUUGCAGUGCGAAAAGAGCUUCAGUCAAAAGAAAAACCUUAUUAGUCAUCAGACAACUCACACAGGAGAGAAGCCAUUUAAAUGCUUGCAGUGUGAAAAGAGCUUCAGUCACAAAUGCAACCUUAUUGGUCACCAGGCAACUCACACAGGAGAAAAGCCAUUUAAAUGCUUGCAAUGUGAAAAGAGCUUCAGUCAAAAGAAAAACCUUAUUAAUCAUCAGGCAACUCACACAGGAGAGAAGCCAUUUAAAUGCUUGCAGUGUGAAAAGAGCUUCCAUCAGAAGGGAAACCUUAUAAGUCACAUGGCAGCUCACACAGGAGAGAAGCCAUUCAAAUGCUUGGAGUGUGGAAAGAGCUUCAGUCAAAAGCAUGUCCUUAUUCGUCAUCAGACAACACACACAGGAGAUAAGCGGUUUAAAUGUUUGCAGUGUGGAAUGAGCUUCAGUCAAAAGAGCAACCUUAUUAGUCACCAAGCAGCUCACACAGGAGAAAAGCCAUUUAAAUGCCCAGAGUGA